AUGCAGAGUGUGCGUACCGUUCUUGGCAUAACAAGGUUAGACGCCUGGCAAGAGCGGAUCAGCAAUGAUCAGUUGCUGGACAUGUGGGGCGACAAGCGCCUACUUGCUGUCCGGAUUCACCAGCGACGACUUGAGUGGCUGGGUCAUGUUGCUCGCAUGCCACCAGAGUGCAUCCCGAAGAUUCUGUUGUUCGGUCUGCUCCCAUCCUGCUGUCCACCUGGAGGUCCACGCAAACGCUGGAAAGACUGCAUUAGUGCAGACCUGAAGGCCCUGAAUGCUGUGGAGGGAUGGUGCGAUCUGGCAGAUUCUCGCCCCGACUGGCGCCGCAUGUACCGCUGUUUCGACCCCGAGCCGCCCACACCCAAUGUCCAUUGCCAAGUAUGUGAUCGGUACUUCUCUCGCCCAUCAGAUGAGAAGCGUCACAAAUGCUAG